CAGCCAUUUAGCUCGACGAUGAUAAGGCGAAUGUCGAGCAAAAGGAAUGUCCAUCAAUCCCGAGCUUCAGCAUCUGUGGACGAGGAAAGCGACAGUGAUAGUGACUCCGAUGAAGAACGUGACCUAGGUCAAUCAGUCUUUUGGAGAAGAAAAAUGAGAACAUUACACAGUCACUUGGACGUUAAUAAGGAUGGAGUAAUUAGCUACGAAGACUUUAUGCUUCUUGCAGACAGAUUCGCAGACAUUGGGCAUCUUACUCCGGAGGCUAAAAAAGAAUUCCAAAAAGUUUUAAGUGACAUGUGGCAAGAACAAUGGGGCGAAAUAAGUCCCUACAAUCUGGUGGGUGUGGAACAGUACCUUGAAGAAAUGCAUCACGUGCUGAACGACACGUCGCUGAAAAGAAAAUGUCACCAUUUUCUGCCUUUCCUUUUCAAGGCGGUUGACAAAGAUGGCGAUGGAGAAAUAUCUGUAGAAGAGUACAAAUUAUUUUUCAAGUGUUUAGAUAUAGAUAACGAUCAUGCUGUGAUUUCCUUCGCCCACAUCGACCAAAAUGAAGAUGGAAAAAUAACAGAGAAAGAGUUCAUGAGACUGGGGCGAGAAUUUUUCCUUACUGAAGAUCAUACUAAACCCAGCAAACACUUCUGGGGUCCGUUAGUUGACUAG